GUGACCUCUCCAAGGUCAAGCGGUAGGCGGGUUACAAUUAAUGUUGAUCUCAGAGUGUGAAAAGUUCCUAACGAGGUUACGGGCUCUCCCACCAACUGCUACUCAAGAGCUAUCGGUGUUAGGAGUAAUUAAUGAGGCAUUCGCGUGUCCAUCUGCCCACGUACGCUCUGGGUGUCUUGACCUUCUAGCUGGAUGGAACAGUCCACAAAUUUGUCUGAGUGCAGGUUCAGCUGGUGAAGUUGUGCUGUGGCAUACUGCGGAUGGUGAUCCCAGAGUACGUGAUCGUUCUUUCCAUUGUCUCUUAACGUGGCUAUGUUCACUCAACGCCGUCUUGAAAUCUAGUGAGUUUAGUCGUCCAGGGAAAGCAAAGUAUUUCAACAACCAUAAAGAGUCUGCAAAAAAGGAGUUGACUGGGUGGUUUGAAGCGAAUCUGGAGUCUGUUUAUUCAGCUGCUUGUCAAGGGUUACUAGAUAAUGAAGAGUUGGUCCGUCGAACUAGUUUACAUGUUCUUGGAAAGUUGAGUACUAUUUGGGCGCAUCGUAGUUUGACAGAUGUUCCUGUCUUCAGUUUGAAUUCGUUAGUAUCAUCAAAAAUAUUUCUGGACUCUGAUUUGGAAGAAACUCAAUUAGUUGAUGAUGCUUUUAUUCGUGUGUGUUGUCGACUUCAAGAUCCUAGUCGAAGUGUUAGACAGUUGGCUGCUCACAUAAUGGCUGAUCUGGCUAAAUUUGUUACAGAAAAUUGUUUAUUACAAACAUUGGAGAAAACAGUCAUGUCCGACCGGCAAGUACGUCGAUCUAUGAUGGAAGGUGAUAAUAAGUCGAAGGACAGAAAGAACAAAAGUAACAACAACAACAGUCUACGUUCCACAGUGGACAACCGUUUACAAACUAAAAAUCUUACUUCAGAUUCUAUUAAUUUAAUAUCGACUGGCUGUAAUGGAGCUAUCAUAAGCGGAUUGGAAGAUGAUUAUUUUGAAAUACGAUGUACUACGUUAGCUACAGUUACGCAUAUUGCAUCCCUCAAUACUCGAUUCGCAUUAAAUUGUCAAGAUCUCUUAGUUGACAUGUUAACUGAUGAUAUACAAGAUGUACGAUUGGCAGCUGUUCGAGCUUUAAGUGUCGUUGGUGAUAAGGUGCCUGUAAAAAGUGAACAAGUAUCCAUUAUUACAUCAGCUCUUGCUGAAGGAUCUGGUCGUAUUCGACGAAGGCUGCAUCAUUUAUUAUCACAGUGUCGUUUAGCUUCGGCUCCUUGUCUAAUUAGUUUACUGGAUGGACUUUUACAAAAUUUAAGACGAUAUCCAGAAGAUAGAGAUAAUUUAUGGAGAUGCGCUGCUUCUGUGGGUAGAAACCAUCCAAUAUUUGUUGAAACUUGUUUAUCCAGUCUAUUACGAACACAUUCAUGGUUGAAUGGUCCGGAACCAGUGAAAGAAGAUCCAGCUUAUCUUACAGUAUUAUUGCUUGUUUUAAAUGCUGAACCUAGUAUACCUGGUAUGCUGGCUAAAUUCCCUAGACAUGUAGCAUCAACUAAGAUUUAUCUACAAGAAUUGUUACCUUCUUUAUUGCCAAAAACUGUUGUAAAUGACGAGUUUCAAAAUGUUUCUCCACUGGAUUUACCGAAUAAGAAAUUAUGUUUAUCUACUGAUGGUACAUUGAAUACAUCAACUAUUAUGGAACAUUGUAGUUUAUAUAAAUUUAUUGCUUCAACUAUAUGUCGUAUUUGUAAAUUGUUCAUCAUGAUUCAUAAUGAAUUAUCUAGUUAUUAUUUAUCAUUUAAACAAAAUAAUUUAGAAGAAAAAUGUAAUAAUCAACAUUUUAAAAUACCAUGUUAUAAAUAUCAAUCACGUCGUAAUGCUUUAUUAUCUCAUCUUAUAUUUAAUGAUUUAAUAAAUUGUAUUAAAAAAUUAAAUCAUAAUGGUAAAUUAAAAAAUUUAUUAUAUUGGUUAAUAUUAAUUACAACAAUUGGUUGGUUAUUAGUAUCAGCUAAUUCAUUAUCAUCCUCUUCAUCCUCAUCCUCAUCAACAUCAUUGUCAUCAUCCUUAACAACAACAACAACUUCAUUAUCUAUGGAUAAGAGUUUACAAUUGAAUUAUAAUUUUAAAGAGAAAUUAAUUCAUCCAAUUUAUGAACGUAUUAUGAAAUUAUUAAAUAAAGCAAUACGUAAUUCACUUAAGAUAAAUCAUUUAUUCUCUGGUAAAACAAAAUAUGAAUCUAUUUAUGUAUCUCGAUUAUGUUCGAAUACAUUUAAAUUGCUUCAAUCAUUCAUAAAUGAUCAUCAUCAAAUCAAUGUCAAUUAUUUAUUGGAUUCAUUAAAUUCAAUUAUCAAUUUAUUAUCUAAUUCAUCAAUACAAGAAAAUGAUGUUACUUCAUCAUUAUCAAUUAUUGAUCUAUCUAAACCAUUGUCAAGUAACACUAGAAAACGUUCUUUUCCAAUAGAAUUCAAUCUAGAACAAUUCAAUGAUGAUUAUGUCAUAUUAAUUGAUUAUUUAAUGGAUUUAUCCAAUAGAUUAAUACCAGUCUAUGCGAUACUACUACAACCAUCUAGUAAUAGUAGUAGUUUAAUGAAUUUAGAAAAUAAUUAUAAUAUUGAUACAAGAUCAAUAAUUUCAUUGAAUCAAUAUCAACCAGAUAAUAAUAUUAUGAUCAUGAUGAAUAUGUUAAAUGAAAAUGACCUAUUAAGUAUGAAUACUAAUCGAAUUGAUUUGCCAACAUCAUCAUUUAGUUAUGUUAGUGGAAAUGUUAGUAUACCAGAGAUUCGUUUCACUGCAAUUAUUGCAUCAGCUAUGAUAAGAAUUAGAGCGAUCAUUAUUGGUUUGAAUAUUGAGAUGGCACGCAAACAUAUAUGUAUCAUAUUUCGACGUCCUGAUUUAUCGGGAUCACGUAAUCAUCAAUUCACAAAAUCUAUUACACAUAAUACAAAUAUUCAAUCCAAAUUAUAUCAUUGGUGGCCACCAUCAAAUUCUUGGCAUCAAUUAGAUGAAGAUACUACUACUAAUAAUAAUAAUACUACAUCUUCAACAUCAACAAUAAAUCAAGAUCAUUUAGAAAUUCGUACACAUAUUGAAUUAACCGCUGGACGUUGGUCAGAUUCUGGUACAAUUGAUUUAGGUAUUGGUUAUUGUUUACAACCAACAGAUUGUUCAUUUAUGAAUAAUAUCUACUAUCAUGAUAAUAAUGAUCUAUUUAAACAAAAUAAUACAACAAAUCAUUGUUUAUUAGAUUCAUCAUUUAUUAUACCACUUACACCAAUUCCAUUAUUAUCAAAAGUGAAACUUGUUCCAUGUGCACCUAUACAUCAGUGGUAAACCCUAUUUAUACCAGUUACACCAAUUCCAUUAUUAUCAAAAGUGAAACUUGUUCCAUGUGCACCUAUACAUCAGUGGUAAACCCUAUUUAUACCAGUUACACCAAUUCCAUUAUUAUCAAAAGUGAAACUUGUUCCAUGUGCACCUAUAGAUCAAUGGUAAACCCUGUUUAUUAUUAUCUUUUCCUUUAUUUGCAAUGUAUAUGUAUAAUGUGAAUGUUUUGAAUUCAGGUCAAUUUCAUGUUUCUUCGAAUCAUGUACAUAAAGCAAUUUCUUUUUUUUUUGUUUUAUUUUUGGCACGAAAAUGAAAAAAAAAAGAAAGAAUAUACAGUAUAGAUUCUUUCUAU